CCAAUUCUUCCGUGCCAUGCGGCAUACCGACAACAGAGACAUUCGAAAAAGAGCAUCACACCGUCGCGUGUGGCUGUCGGUUGCGGAUUCCUUGCAUUUCUUCUUCUGGUCUCUACCUCUCCGAUUUGGUUGCAUAUUUCGUUCUCGAGUCCUCCCCUUACUUAUUCUUUCCGGCGACCACCCGGCAAAUCGGAUACCUACACUUCUAUCAGAGACAUGGAAGAGGAGUUCGCGAAAUCCGUUGAGGAUGGACUCAGGCUGGCAAAGCGGGUGUAUACCGGCAAGGAGCGGCACACGACGACGCCACCGAGGUUGCCGGUUGGGAUGGAGAGUUCACCGGCUUCUUUGCUUCCUUCAGCGCCGAUGAUCUAUGCGGUGAUUAGCGAUCCCGCGAUCGUCGACAACCCGGACUUUCCGAGCUACCAGCCGCACGUUUAUGGCCGGUGUCAUCCGCCGGCGUUGAUCCCACUCCAGAUGAAGGAGAUUGCGAUGGAAGUGGAUAGCUAUCUGGAAAUGGCUUUUGUAUCCAUUCAGGGGCGGUGGCGGGUUCACUGCGUGAUGGGUAGCCGGAAAUGUGACUGCCGGCUCGUGCUUCCAAUGGGAGAGCAGGGUUCAAUUCUAGGUGUUGAGGUAAAUGUUGCCAAGAGAUCUUACUCUACCAAGUUGAUUGAGAGAGACAGUGACCAGAGCAUGGAGAAAUUCCCAAAGAAUGAAAAUGGGGGAUAUUUGAAUUCUUUCCUUUUUUCCUUAACAAUCCCCCAGGUGGAUGGUGGAUGUGAUAUAUCUCUUAGUGUUCGUUGGUCUCAGAAAUUAUUGUUCAAAGAUGGUGAUUUCUCAAUUAGCAUACCUUUCAAUUUUCCAGAGUUUGUAACCCCGCUUGCAAAAAUAAUUGCAAAGCGAGAAAAAAUACUGCUAAAUGUGAAUACUUGUAACGAAAAUGAAGUUAUAGUCAAGAAAGCAAGCCAUGCUUUAAAGGAAAAGUGUCGGCAAGUUGGGAAGUUAUCAGUCCUGUAUGAGGCGGAUGUCGAGAACUGGUCAACUAAAGAUUUUUACUUCUCAUAUAGUGUCAUCUCAAGGGACUUUUAUGGAGGUAUACUUCUAGCACCAUCAGUUCACGGUUCUGAUCAGAUAAAUAUGUUCUGCCUUUACCUAUAUCCAGUUAAUCAUCAGAAAAGAAAGGUCUUCAGAAAGGAAGUGGUUUUCCUUGUCGAUAUAAGUGGAAGCAUGGAAGGGAAGACUCUUGAAAAUGUUAAGAAUGCACUGUUUUUGGUCCUCUCAGAUCUUUCUCCCGCAGAUUAUUUUAACAUAAUAGCUUUCAAUGAAGGAACUUUCACUUUCUCAUCAUAUAUGGAACCAGCAAUUGAUCAUAAAUUAGAAGGUGCUAAACAUUGGACAAGUAAAAAUUUUGUCGCUCAUGGUGGGACAAAUAUAAUGCAGCCACUUAAUGAGGCUCUGGCUUUAUUAUCUAAUACAAGAGAGGACUCAGUCCCAUAUAUUUUUCUUGUCACUGAUGGUGCUGUGGAGAACGAACGCGCUAUUUGUCAUGCUUUUAAAGCUCAAAUAGAAAAUAGAGGACCCAUAACCCCAAGAAUAUGCACAUUUGGCAUUGGUACAUAUUGCAACCACUAUUUCCUGCAGAUGUUGUCAUCAAUUGGUAGGGGACAUUAUGGAGCUGCAUAUGAUCAAGAUUCUGUUGAAUCCUCCAUACAAAGUUGGUUCAGAAGAGCAUUAUUUCCCUUAGUUACCAAUAUAACUGUUCCCACCUUUGAUGACCUUGAUGCUUUUGAGGUUUUACCUAGCAAUAUUCCAGAUCUUCUAGUUGAAUGCCCAUUGAUCAUAUCAGGCAAGUACCAGGGUAAGUUUCCAGACACCGUUAAUGUUGAAGGUAGGUUAGCUGACGCGAGUGACAUUGUUAUCAGUCUGAAGGUGCAGCAUAUGGGAAACAUCCCUUUAGAAAGAGUAUUUUCUAAGCAACAAAUUGAUCUUCUUACAGCUCAGGCAUGGUUUGCUGAAAGCAAGCAACUUGAGGAAAAGGUUGCUAAAUUAAGCUUACAUUGUGGCAUUCCAUCGGAAUAUACCCAUAUGGUCUUCCUUCAAACGGUGGCAAAAAUGCCGGAGAAUGAUCGCCUUCUUCCUCCGGGAUCUUCCUCCUUUGCCUCUCCCGAGCUCUUGCUCAUCUACCUUCGCUCGACAGCCUUCUCCUGCUCGAUUCCGCUCUCCAUCUGCGCUCGACAGCUCCUCUCUCUCGCUCGCCCUCCUCCUUCACAGACCGAAAUCAUCGUCUCAUCUCCCCGACCCCGUCCUCAGAACGAGAUUCCGAGCUCUCCCUCGGCACCGAGAACUUCGCCUUCCUUGUUUCCUCUUCUUCUCACCGAACCCCUCUCUCCUGCAUUGAACCCAUCCGCCAACUUCAUCUCUCCCGAUCUCCCGCAUCAAAGUCGCUCGCCUAUUCCCUGCACCGAAGUUCGCAUACUCCCUUUUGCUAUUAGCAAAAGCGAGCUGCCUGACUUGGCGGUCAUUAAGUUUGGACAAGAAUUCGGCGAUAUUGAAGCCAAACUUGGGAAUGUCUCUGUCGCAAUGAUGAAGUCUGAAACGGACAGAGCCACCGAGCUUGUUGUGGAGUUCAACCUGAAGUCUGCUAAGAAAUUCCCCCCUCUGAAAAGAGUAUUGAUUGAAAAGAACCUUGCUGUUGCUAUAAAGUCUGCCACUAGGAGCGUAGGGACCGCUCCCAAGACUUUUUCUGCUUCUGCCACCGGAUUCACUGCUACUACACCAACUGUUCCAUUAAACAAAGAGAAGGAGAUUCUAUACGAAGAAGUGUCAGUCAAUGCUUUUGCCCAGCCGUUUUUCAUAUUCGAGAUUGGGUUCAACUCAAAGUUCGUGCGACUGACCAAGACACAGGAAAUGAGGCGCAACCAGAAAAUUCUAAGGGCCAAGAAGGUGAAAGCCACAGAUUUGGCUGGUACUGACACCGCCCUACCGACCCCCAAUUGGAUGAGACAGGAUUACGGAUUUACCAUCAAGACAUUCGAGAAGCUGGUUAGCAAAGUUGGGAAUCUUCAAGAAGAAGCUAAGCAACUUGGGUUUUUUGAGAAAACUGUAAAGCUAGAGUCAUUGAAGACAUCUGAGAAGAAAUCUGGGACAGUGGCAGUGCACUUCUCUCUAACAAUUAAUUUAUUUUUAUUGAUUGUAAAGAAAGGAGAAAAACCGAAGACUGAAAGUGGUGCUGAUUUCAUUCAAACGCCAACAUUGCUUGAUAAUUUAACUCCCGGAUUCGGAAACCCAUUGGCGACCGCAGAGAAUCUUCCACCAGGUUGUAGAAAAUCAAAGCAGACGCAGACUUUGGAGGUCAUUGAAAAAGCUGUUGGCUGUUGCAGCGGAAUAUUUGAUUGCUCCUGCUGUGUGUGCUGCAUCAAAAUGUGUGCUAAGAUGAACGAUCAGUGUGCGAUAGCUCUCACCCAGUUAUGCACAGCCCUCUCAUGUUUAGCAUGCUGUUCGCUGUGCUGCGACGGCUCUGAUUAGACUGCAUGUUAUAUAGAAAUGGUAUAUAUGUAAUUUUCUGGUUUGAUGAGGGUGAAAGUGGGGGUGUAUAUUCUGUUGUUUGUUUUUGGAAGAUGCUUUUAUUGUAUUGAGAUUGGCCUGGUGAUGUGUAAUAUAAUGCGAAUGUUGAUGUGCUAAGAAGAUUGGGAUAUAGAUGUGAUUAAAAAAUGUAGGAAUU